CUGUGUGUUAUCACAGGCGCCCUGAACCACGCUGCCAGUAAGAAGCUGGACCUGGAGGCCUGGUUCCCGGGCUCCGGGGCCUUCAGAGAGCUGGUCUCCUGCUCCAACUGCCUCGACUACCAGGCCCGGCGCCUCCGCAUCCGCUACGGACAGACCAAGAAGAUGAUGGACAAGGCUGAGUAUGUGCACAUGCUGAACGCCACCAUGUGCGCCACCACCCGUGUGAUGUGCGCCAUCCUGGAAAACUACCAAACGGAGGAAGGCAUCGUCAUUCCAGAGAAGCUCCAGCCCUUCAUGCCUCCUGGUAUGACGGAGAUCAUCAAGUUUGUGAAGCCGGCUCCCAUCGAUCAGGAGACCACUAAGAAAGCCAAGAAGCAGCAGGAUGGAGGAGGAGGAGGAGGAGGCGGCAAGAAGAAGAAGCAGGGAGGAGGGGGAGGAGACCAAAACCUGCCCAGCGCCAUGGAGACCAUGUCCGUCAACGAAUCAUAGACUGCCUCACAAACACACACAAAGAAACAGAUGGAACAGAGCCUUGUGUGUUGUCCUUAUAACUAAGUAGCUCUGUCCCAUCUGUGUCUAU